AUCUCCAAGUGCAGGCAAGGCAAGUGCAGGACGUGCAGGUACAUACAUAGAAAAUAGAUAUAUCAUCAUAUGCCUGGCGCCUGGCCCCACCUGGCCCCGAGGUCGCGUUCAACGGAUUUGCGACAAAUGAUCAAAUAUUUCUUACCCUCGUUAAAUGUUGACGAGUAAGCUUGGGCUGAUAUUGAGCGAGAAUUCCGUUACAUAACCUCACGCGGGAAGAUUGUAUGCAGCGCGACUUGAUCGACAUGAAUUCCAUUACGGACAGUCCAGGCUCUAAAGCUCUCGAAGCCGCUAAAAAUAUCAAGGAUCUGGCUGUAUUCAAGAAGCCUGUCGGAUCUGUUAAGAGGAGCAGGAGUACCCGACCAAAGAUCUUAGACGAGGACACAUAUAUUGAAAAAAUGAGCGAAAUAAUACAAAAGGACUUCUUUCCGCACCUGGAAAAGCUACAAGCGCAAAAUCAGUAUCUAGACGCUUUAGAGCAGAACGAUAUGAAGAGAAUGCGAGAGCUGUACGCCAAGUAUAGCUCCGGUCGACCCGUCACUGAAAGGCCGGUCAGUCCGGCGACUUUCGAAACCCCGUUGCGCAAAACUGAGUCGGACGACGCGCCCGCGUCCGCGCCUGCACCCACGCCACACCCCUCUGAAGCAUCGUCUCGAGAAACCGUCGUCGAGUCUGUAAAGAGGAAUGAUAAAACCGGAAUCGAAAGUAAAACAGGCCUGGACGAUUAUUUGAGCACUCACACGAGCGAAGACAACGCUAGUUUCGAAGAGAUGAUGGUCGAGGCUGAAAAUAAACGUAAGCUCAAGUUCGCCUGGCUUUACGAGGCGGAGGACAAGUCGAAGGCGUGGCUCGCUAUCGGCGGACCCACCGCCGACCACCAUCGUCCAAGUGACGACGUCCCGGGCCCAGCUGUCCAAGACUCGAAUCGCAGACCUAAACAAGUGGACAGUUGGGCUUACAAGAAUAAAAAUUACAUUAUGUACAUUCCUGAUGGGGUGGAACUUACGGCGGAAGAGAAGAUAGAAUUGGCCAAGAAGAAACAAACUAUAAUGCACGAGAAUACGAGAUUGCGAGCGAACCCGUUUAACGAGCGACAAAACAAAGAGACGAUCGACGAGCUGGCCAAGUCGCAGUCUAGAGCUAACGACGGCAAGAUUGGCGUAGAUGGCAAAGAGGUUGUCAGAAACGCCACGCCACGAGUGAAUGGUUUUAGUUUUGUGGCGACGCCAAGUCCGAGACCGGGAGAGUGCGAGAGCCCGUUGAUGACGUGGGGUCAGAUCGAGGGGACACCCUUCCGAUUGGACGGUGGGGACACCCCGUUAUUGAGGACGAGUCAGGGACCUUCUUUCAGAAUAGCGGAACCGCCGAAAAGAGAGCAGCUGGCGUUGCAAUUGGCUGAGAAGGCUGGUGAGAGACACAGAGAUCGAAAGAACAAAGCCUUGGAAGCAGCUCGAAAAUCAUUAGCCACUCCGUCACCGAGAUCGACCAUAGACCGUCUGAGCACUAUGUCUCCCGCGGCAAGAAGAUUAGCGACUCAGAAACUCCGGAUAUCGAGUACGCCGUCCCCUCGGCGAACGCCAUCGGCCAGGACUCCGUCCGUGGGCAUCAAGACACCUAACGCGGCGCCACGCGCGAUCGACCCGGACGAUAAGGAAGCUACUUGUCAAAAGUCGGAAACUAAUGCCACGCGGAUACAAGGGCCCGUACUCACCGAUAACUUACUCAAUCUACCUCUGCAACGACAACGAGCAUCAGAUUUCUUUAACAAAUGAGAACUUUUGUAUCCUUUUGUAAAAUGUACAUAUGUAUAUAAUAGAAAGGUCACGUGAGAUAAUAGAGACGCGUUCCAAGUUCGAACGACAUACAUCAUAUCGAUAUAUAACGACACGUAUCGAACUUGUCUGUCUAUAUUAAUAUUAAGGAGGAUUAAGCAAUCCGUAUAUGUAUAUAUUUAUUGUAAAUGAUAUAAAUGAUUAAUUAUAGAGUUUUUAAUGUAAUAUAAUACGAUUAUUUAACGAGGCUCCUUUAAGUCGUAUCGAGUCUUAUCGAAUGAACGUUGCUAGUCCUGUUACGAGUUAUACGGACAAUUGUGUUAUGUCUACAAUUACUUUUUACCACAUUUGAUUUCAAAACUUCCUAUCUGAUUUCCUAUAUUUUUGUACAAAUUAUUAAUUGUAUCUUGUUUUUUUCUUUAAAUAGAUUAGUCGAAGGGAAAUGCAAAAUGUUCGGUUUCGAUAGGCUCUCUCUCUCGAAGUCUAACGACAUGGAUUCACAACUAUGGAUCAAUUUUCAAAAUAUCGUGUAUCAGAUGUGUGGAAAAUGAAAUAUGUAUUUUAUGAUACUGCACCUAGUUUUACAAAAUACAGUAGAUUUCUUUCUCUUCAGA